CAAAGAGCAAGAAUGGCAGAGAGACCCAUGUGGGAGCAAGUUGGAACAAGUUUUGUGCAUCUCUAUUACCAGCAUUUUGAUUCCAGUAGAGUAGAGCUAAGUGCUCUCUAUACAGAUGCUUCUUGCUUGUCCUGGGAAGGACAGCAGUUCCAAGGAAAAACAGCCAUCAUGGAAAAGUUGAUGAGCCUUCCAUUCCAAAAAAUCCAACACAGCAUAACAUCUCAAGAUCACCAACCAGCACCUGAUAACUGUAUACUUAGUAUGGUGGUUGGUCAGCUGAAGGUAGAUAAUGACCCAGUGAUGGGGUUCCACCAGCUGUUUGUUCUCAAGAAUAUUAGUGACAAUUGGGUUUGCACCAAUGACAUAUUUAGACUGGCCCUGUACAACUUUGCUUGAAUUUUCUGUUCUCAAAUGUCUGUUUCUAUUGCCACUUUCA